AUGUCAAGUGAAGAUUACUCAAAGUUAAAAUAUCCAGAUUAUUGGAACCGAGACUUUAACGCCUGGGGAAACUUAAACGAUUGGGACAUCUACUGGAUCGAAAAGCAAACACAGCCAACGUUAAUUACCAAGCACAAUUCCCACGUAGCCUUAGGUGACGAACUGAGAUGCCUGAAGAAAAUAUAUACAAGUACACAUCCUGCUUAUAAUAAAAUCCGUAAUUUGAAAAAAGGAUUGAAGGGAAGUAUAAAUGAGUUUAUUCUUCAGGAGGAUAACAGUAAGAAGGGCAUUCGAGAUGGCCUGAAGAUAGCUCGGAAAGGGUUCCAAAUAUAUUCUAAGAUGGAUUUUGAGUCAGUAGAAAGAGAACGGAAAAGGCUUAAGAAGCAUGCUGGAAACAGUGAUUCUCCGACAAUGCUGCCUAACGUAGCUAUAUGUGAUAGUGAUGACGAUGACAACGAAGAAAUUCCUUCUUUGGACAGUGUUAUCAAUUCUGUGCCAGCUAACAUACAAAAUUGGA